AUGAGUUGGGAGGGGGCGGCGAAGUGGGUUGUUGGGAUCAACGGUAAAAGGAUGAUGUUCGUUCAUGCAAGACUUAUGAAAUUUGAUAGAGUUCUUCUCAUCGGCCGGUAUCGUCGACGUCACGAAAAAUACGACACGAAAAAGAGGUGCAACACGAGGACUUCCCAGGAGGUCACCCAUCCUAGUACUACUCUCGCCCAAGCACGCUUAAGCUGCGGAGUUCGAUGGGAUCCGAGUUCUUCUCAUCGGCCGGUAUCGUCGACGUCACGAAAAAUACGACACGAAAAAGAGGUGCAACACGAGGACUUCCCGGAGGUCACCCAUCCUAGUACUACUCUCGCCCAAGCACGCUUAGCUGCGGAGUUCGAUGGGAUCCGGUGCAUUAGUCUUGGUAUGAUCGCACACUGCCAAGUGUUGCGCGAUCAAUGGUUAUAUGGAUUCGACGACACACGACUAACUUGUGAUGCGUGA